CCUGAAUUGUGAAAAGUCAAAAGCUUGCCAUUCCUCUGUCUUCUAGCUUUGCGUUUGGAUCGUAGAAUAUUGUUGCUGUUGUUUUCAAAAGGUUUUAUAAUGAGAGAAAUCGUUCAUCUUCAAGCUGGGCAGUGUGGCAAUCAAAUUGGAGCGAAGGUAGGCUUCUCACUGCCAUUAGAACACAUUAGAACAAAUAAUUAAUACGUAUUUAACACGAAGCGCGUUUUAUUUUAUAGUUCUGGGAAGUGAUCUCUGAUGAACAUGGUGUCGACCCAACUGGCACAUAUCACGGCGAUUCAGACCUUCAGUUAGAAAGAAUAAACGUUUAUUAUAACGAAGCAACGGGUAAGAACCGCUCUUAAUGUUAGAGUGUGCAGCAAGUGUUGGUUACGCGUUCUUUAUACUGAUACAAAGACCCUCUUCAAGUCCUUGGCAACGCAAACUGCGAAGCUGCAUGCUCAACGAUUUGUUACAUUUUAGGCGGGAAAUAUGUUCCUAGAGCGGUUUUGGUCGAUUUGGAGCCGGGAACGAUGGAUUCCGUUCGCUCUGGACCAUUUGGACAAAUUUUCAAACCGGAUAACUUUAUAUUUGGUAAGGUUUUAAAAGAUUUUGUGUUUAUUAAAAUUCAAACACGGGUAACCGUUGUAUAGUCAUAUUUGUUUGCUGUUACCAUGUCGACCUCGUGUUGUCUCUUCGUUGCUCAUAUUUGUAUUUUUGCUUUCAGGCCAGAGUGGAGCCGGUAACAACUGGGCGAAGGGACAUUACACUGAAGGAGCUGAACUUGUAGACUCUGUCUUAGAUAUUGUCCGAAAAGAAUCUGAAGGCUGCGAUUGCCUGCAAGGUUUUCAACUAACACAUUCUCUUGGAGGGGGCACUGGCUCUGGAAUGGGCACCCUGCUUAUUUCAAAAAUCCGUGAAGAAUACCCCGACAGAAUAAUGACCACAUUCAGCGUGGUACCCUCACCAAAAGUUUCGGACACAGUUGUUGAACCAUACAAUGCAACCCUCUCAGUACAUCAACUUGUAGAAAACACAGAUGAAACCUUCUGUAUUGACAAUGAAGCUCUUUACGACAUUUGUUUCCGAACCUUGAAACUAACCACCCCCACGUAUGGCGAUUUGAACCAUCUUGUUUCAGCUACGAUGAGUGGUAUUACAACCUGUCUAAGAUUCCCCGGUCAGGUAAGGGGUCGAAUAGGAAUGUGUAUUUUCUCAUUCAUGGAAGCAUGUAAUAAAUUGUGGUUUAUAUAAAAUAUAAUGCAUAAAAUAUAGUAGCCAAAUUCUUUAAUUAAGUUUAAUUUAAAAUCUUCUGUUGAUAGUUGAAUGCUGACUUGAGAAAAUUGGCUGUUAACAUGGUACCUUUCCCUCGUCUUCACUUCUUCAUGCCUGGCUUUGCCCCACUCACCAGCCGUGGUUCAUCCCAGUACCGUGCACUCACUGUGCCAGAACUCACCCAACAAAUGUUUGACGCCAAAAACAUGAUGGCAGCUUGUGAUCCCCGUCAUGGCCGAUAUCUUACUGUUGCUGCACUGUUCCGUGGUCGAAUGUCCAUGAAAGAAGUUGACGAACAAAUGUUGAAUGUCCAGAACAAGAACAGCUCCUACUUUGUGGAAUGGAUCCCUAACAAUGUGAAGACUGCUGUCUGUGAUAUUCCUCCCAGAGGUUUGAAGAUGUCUGGUACCUUCAUUGGAAACAGCACCGCCAUUCAAGAAUUGUUCAAACGAAUCAGUGAGCAGUUCACUGCUAUGUUCCGUCGCAAAGCUUUCUUGCAUUGGUACACUGGAGAAGGCAUGGAUGAAAUGGAAUUCACUGAGGUAUGUUUCAAUCCCAUGAAAACUAAUACAUCUGUGUUGGUGGGCUACAGGUGGUACAACCUUUGGCCCACCCAAAUGUGGUGAACAAACAAUGAAAGAACAAACAUUUUCUCAUUCUGAUGGUGUACCAUUUUUUCCUGCACAAAUAGUAAAAAAAGUAGAUUUUUUUUUGCUCAGAGGGGUCCUUCUUGGAAUGAAUUUUGUUAUCAAAAUUAGUAUUAAGUUGUGAAGGUCUGUAUUCUUCCAAGUAAUUUUGGGCAAAUCAUGAACAAUUAUUAUCAUUAUUUUUUAGGCUGAAUCAAACAUGAAUGACUUGGUUUCUGAAUAUCAACAAUAUCAAGAAGCGACAGCCGAGGAAGAAGGAGAAUUUGAGGAGGAGGAGGAAGAAGAUGAAGCAGCAUAAUUUGAAGAGAAAAACCCGAACUUUUUUAUUUCUAAGAUAUUUUAUAAACUCACUGGAAUGUCUGAUAAGUGUUGAUUGUGAAACAAUGACUGGCUGAGCAGUAGUAUAUCUCAAAUAAAAU